GUUCUGGCAUGGCCCGGCCGAGCCGCGAGACCCGGAGGCCCCGAACCUCCCGAGGCUCCUGGAGCGCCGCUGCGUCCCCGCCGACAGCGUCGGCAUCGACAUCGACAGCUUGUUUGCCCCGUGGGCGCGGAGCGCGCAGUGCGUGGCGCUAGAGGUGCGCGACCCGUACCUCAGCUACCUACGCCGAGCAUCCGACGUGUACCCGGCAUGCGAGCAUCUCGACGCCGACUCCUUGCUCGCAGCGUUGGACGGGAAGGACCUCUGCGCAGUCGCGGGUCUGGCCAUGUUCGAAGAUUUGGUCCGCGCAGUCAACCGAGCCCCCCAACACCUGAGCAAGGUGGUGUUGUGCACCCGCGGCCUCCUCCGAACCGACGUCCCCGCCGACCAACUUCUCCAGGACUGGGCUGGCGCCUUCCGGCUUCGAUGGGGGCCUUGCGGCAUGGACCUCGACGUGGGCGCCUCCCUGGCGAUCGAAGCUACCGUGGAGCGGGGGCUGGCUUUCCACCUCGACACCGUCGCCAGCGUGGGCGUACCCUCGUGUCUCCGACGGGCCAGACAGACCGACCUGGCGGUUUUCGAGUAUCGCGGACUGUGGCUUGGGAUUCGCGCCGAGGCAAUGGCCGACGCUGCGGCUGCGGCGGUCCAGACCGCUCCACCGCCGACGGCGCCAGACAGGGAACGAGAGUCGGCAUUGACGCGCUUGGUACACAGGGUUGUGGUCGCCAGACAUCGGCGCUCGCGGCGCGGCCUCGUAUUCUGCACCCGGUGCCGUUGGUCACGACCAGCAGCUGACGCCGUCACCCAACUCGCCGACCUGCGGCUCCUACGACUCCGCUGGGGUGGCCUCCCAGGCCGCUGCGCGCCGGACCGG